AUGCAACAAAUAAUUGUUUUCGCGAUUCUCUUAUGGUUUAUACAUAUCUCAGAACAGACAGUAAUAUCUCGUAGACACUAUUCAAAACAAGUUCAGACAGUAUUACCAGAAAUACAGCAUUCAACUGAGGAUCAACAACAAUCAAUUGACGAAAUAAAUCGACGCUCUAAACGUUUAUCAGAUAGUCGACAGACAGGAUUGACAUAUCGUAAUCCAUUUGCUGCAUUUUUAAAGCGUAAACGACACUCUAAGUCAACUGACUCACGUCUAUCAUUACGAAAGGAUUAUACAAACGGUGAUUCAAAGUGUGGUUUAAUGUGUCAUUUACUCUGCCGACCAGGUUGUUCAAAAAUUUGUUAUUCAACGUGUACCUAA